CAUGAAGCUCCUCGUGUACAGAAGGUUUUGUAGGUUCUUCGUUGUCUGGAUCAACUCCACGUGAAAAAGAAAGUACUCGUAUAUAAUUUAGGACCCCACCGGCGAGGACUUUCGCUCACAGAAAAAGACAACAAGUCGGCUUGGAGAUAGUCCGUUAGGUACAGGGUUGAUAAAAUAGGAAAGAUGCGGUCCGUCUUUCUCUCCCUCGUAGCGUCCUCCGCUACGACAUCUUCUGCGCUUUUGAUGAAGGAGAAAGCCCAAACGUCCGCCGCUUUCACUUUGAAGGAACAGGAGGCCGCGAAGCAGGGGUUCGGGUUACCGGGAUGUGAUUUAGACACCUAUGUCCGCUACAAGGUCACGUUUUGCUCCGGGACGAAGGGAGAGGGCGGAAUCAAGCCGUUGAAGAACCCGUACUUUAAGAAGCUGGAAGCGGACGUCAGCGAGUAUAAGAAGGAGGGAAACCGCGAGCUGGGCUGGAAGAAGUGGAUGGGGGUAAAGCUAAAGCAGCUACUUUACUACGUGUUUUUGAUGUGCAUAUAAUGCUGGUGCAGUCGGGUAUGCAUGACAAAACGACAUUUUCAUGCGUGAUCGUGCAUUACAAAAUCAAAAAGCGAAGUCACACCAUGAAAAAAUCCAGGACACCAUCGUCGAAAACUCCUUCUCCGUCUGCCACAACGAAAUCGGUGCUUUAUCCUGUGCAAAAGCAUCGUAGUCGUAGUAAUUCUUGGAAUCAUGCAUUACAAAUCUCUUUCCUAAGGUGAAUCCGCACUACAAACUUCAUUUGUCAUGCUGAGGAAAUUUGUAAUGCAUUUAUACGAGUGCGAUAGUACUUUUGCCCUGCAUACGCUUUCGCAAACGGCGACUCCUGCACCUACGAAUUUAAAAACGAGGCGGGGCAGGUCAUGCCGACGGACGCUGUCAGCUUAUUCGGGGUUUCUGUGUAAGCGGUUGAGUGGCAGAGCCAGAGACUACAUCAGUUUGAUGUGAUUCUUCAGAAAACUAUAAGCUGUUUCGGGUCAGUCGCUAUGUAAGAUUUUUGGUUUCGGGUUAACAAGGUUUGAAGUUUUAGAAAUCGAAAUGCAAAAAAAAAUGGAUCUGCGAAAAAUUAUGAUGCGCUACGAAGAUGAGAAAGGAACUUUGAUUACUUUGAUAUACUGCAAUGGUUUGACGAACUGAAACUAUUUUCAGAACACAUUUGGUCGACACUGAAACUUUGAUUACUUUGAUAUACUGCAUUUUCUAUGCUUUUUUAUGAUUACUUUGAUAUACUGCAACUUUCGCACCCGGUUCUCAUCUUCAUCUCGCGCAUCUAAAUUUUGCUUUGACAGUUUGCUGCAUGUUUAGGGGAAAUGAAAAUCUUGAGCGGCAGCUCAGAAGCGGUUGAGGAAAGGCAACGAUUGAG